UCGGGCGGAAGCGGAAGUGCGCUGCAGGGAAGCCUCUCGCGCCGUUCCUCCUCUGACACAGUCGGGACGAGGCGGAAGAGAGGGUCAUCUCCGCGCCGUGGUGUUGUGCUUCUGUCCGCCCGUCUGGUCUGCUGUAGGUCGGACCCCCGAGCUCCAAACAACACAGGACGGACUACACAUCCGGGGGAGGGGGGCAUGGAGUCUCACGGCAGAGACGAUCUCAGGGGACCGGUGCUGCAUAUCGUAGUGGUUGGAUUCCACCACAAAAAGGGCUGUCAGGUUGAGUUCUCGUACCCGCCGUUGAUGCCAGCCGAGGGCCAUGACAGUAACCUGCUGCCGGAGGAGUGGAGGUACCUGCCGUUCCUGGCUCUUCCUGACGGAGCGCACAACUACCAGGAAGGUAGGACACCCCCACAGCGUUUACAGUUCAAAGGAUCUAGGGGCGAUUGGCACAGUAAAGUCUAUAUGCAUGUGUAAAGGCUGAAACAUGU